ACACUACACAGUACAGUAAUCAGUUCUUGUCAACUCGCGGCGUCUGAACUGCCACUGGCCACUGGCACUGCCAGACGCGAGGAAUUUCAAUUAGAUGAUUUAAAUUCAGAAGAGGAUGAAGUAUGAAAGUAACAGUGAAGAGCUGGACCGCUGUUGCAACAUGGCGCUGGGUUGCUAACGAUGACAACUGUGGCAUCUGUCGCAUGGCAUUCGAUGGUUGUUGCCCCGACUGCAAGAUUCCUGGUGAUGACUGCCCUCUAGUUUGGGGUCAGUGUUCACACUGCUUUCACAUACAUUGCAUCAUGAAGUGGCUCAACUCACAACAGGUCCACCAGCAAUGCCCCAUGUGUCGACAGGAGUGGAAGUUCAAAGAAUAACACUGGGGACGCUUCAUCCCUUGCUGUGAAAUUAGAGCUGCACCAAUUUGUCGCCAUCGAAAAGGUGGUGAAUGCUGUGAUAUGACGUUUACCAAAUACUGUUCCAGUUUGCGAUGAAAUGUCUUCAAUCUGAUCUAUGAGGACCUCGUAGGGAAGCUUGUGAUUAGUGACUCAUUUUCAGUGACUUGUUGUUCUGUUCAUCUGGUAAUAUUAGCCAAGCUAAACUUAUAUUUUACAUUGCUGUGGUAAUGAAAGUGGAGCAAAAAAUAGGACUAACUUGGCAUCUCUAUUGUGGCAUACUGUGAGAAGCUUUGAAAUGUCCUUUUUGUGCUAUUUCAUAUCAUUAUUGACAAUCUGUCACAGUGCAUGGUAUGUUAAUAUGAAGUUAUGUUCGAACUAAAGGGCAGGUUUGUAGAGGUUGCAUUUCUUUUGAUUAUAGUUGUUAUUCUGUACAACGUUCUAACAUUUGUUCUGACAAUCUGGAAUCUACUCACUCGACGUGAUGAACCUGAGUGGUAAGUAGUUUAAUGCUAGUUUGUCAGCACCGGUGUGUUGUACGUGUGUGACAAUUCGCUCUAUUAAGAAUUUGUUAGAAAACCCUUGCUGUACUGCUUAUGAAUACAA